CUCCUCCUCCUCCUCCUCCUCCUGCUCCUCGCGGGCGCUUCCGGCGCGGCGGCGGCGGCGAAGCCCCUCGGGAGCAGCGGGGGCUCGGCGGGCCGGGGCAGGACAAUAGAUUUCCCAAGUUCUUCAAGUAUUCUUGCACAACGAGGAAAAAGAGGAGACAUUUCAGUGAAUGAGGAGUUUUUUGCUUCUAUAGUGUUUUCCUUGAGAAGUGGCUCUUUGAAUGAGGAUGACAAUGGAAGAGAUGAAGAAUGAAGCAGAGACCACUUCUAUGGUUUCCAUGCCUCUCUAUGCUGUUAUGUACCCUGUCUUUAAUGAGCUAGAAAGAGUAAAUCUGUCUGCAGCUCAGACACUGAGAGCAGCUUUUAUUAAGGCUGAAAAAGAAAAUCCAGGUCUAACACAGGACAUCAUCAUGAAAAUUCUGGAGAAGAAAAGUGUGGAUGUGAAUUUCACAGAGUCUCUGCUGCGUAUGGCAGCUGAUGAUGUAGAAGAGUAUAUGAUUGAAAGACCUGAACCUGAAUUCCAAGAUCUUAAUGAAAAGGCACGAGCACUUAAACAGAUUCUUAGUAAGAUUCCAGAUGAGAUCAAUGACAGAGUGAGGUUUCUUCAGACAAUCAAGGACAUUGCAAGUGCAAUAAAGGAGCUCCUUGACACAGUAAAUAAUGUCUUCAAGAAAUACCAGUACCAGAACCGGCGGGCACUUGAGCACCAAAAGAAAGAGUUUGUAAAAUACUCCAAAAGUUUCAGUGAUACUCUGAAAACCUAUUUUAAAGAUGGAAAGGCAAUAAAUGUGUUCAUAAGUGCCAACCGACUAAUUCAUCAAACCAACUUGAUACUCCAGACCUUCAAAACUGUGGCCUGAAAACUGUAUAUGUUGAGAGUUGUACUUUUCAAUGGUGGAUAGGGUACCUUUAUAUGUAAAUUUUAAAAGUUUUGACUGUAUAAAUUAUCAGCCCCUCUCGAGGGGCCUAAUGCAGGAUUUUGAAUGGGAUUAUUGCCAUCUUACACCAUAUUUUUGUAAAACAUUGUAGCUUAAUCAUAAUCUCACAAGAAAGAUUUUGCAUCACUUUUUGCUAUUAUCAUUCUUUUCAGAAUUAUAAGCCAAAAGAAUUUACGCCUUAAUGUGUCAUUAUGUAACAUUCCUUACAAGAAUUGUAAAUAUUUGGUGUUCUGUUUCUGACAUUUUAACUUGAAAGCGGAAAACUGCAAGAUUAUGUAUUUAACAAUAUUGGUGGCAAAUAUUCAAUAAAUAGUUUACAUCUGUUA